CACAGGUGCCUACCAUCGGCGACUCGUCAAGUGUCUGACAAUCAAGCUGUCUUAUCCAGAGCCGGAUUCUCUUCAUCAGAUUUACGGAUUGCUGAUAAUCAGUCGUUUGUCUGCUUAUACCAACAUUCGACAGAAUGGUGGCGCUAUCGUCCAUCAUUCUGGCGGCAUUGCCCAUCGCUCUCGCAGUGUCAUCUUCGGCCCCUGAUCUCAUGGGCAGGGAGGCAAAUGCUGCUCAGACGGAAUCCCAUUGGGCAAACCACGCGGCGGCUCAAGGUCGCCAUUUCUGCUAUGUUCGACCUGAUGCCGACGGCGGUGAUGAUGCACCGGCCAUAAUGGAUGCUCUCAACAACAAAUGCAACUCAAGGAGCCUUGUCAUCUUCCCUGGGCCCGUGUACAACAUCCAGACAAACAUGACGACCUUGAACCUGGAAGAUGUUGUCAUUUAUCAAUUUGGGCGCAUGCUCUGGAGCACGGACAUUGACUACUGGCUUUCAGUAUCUAUGCCCGUUGGCUUCCAGAAUCAGAGUACGGUCUGGUACUUUGGGGGCAACAAUGUCAUCUGGGACGGUUGGGGUGUUGGUACGCUUGAUGGCAACGGUCAAGUCUGGUAUGACUGGGCUAGGAGUCAAGGAAACCUGCCUCACCGACCGAUGAACAUCAACUUGCGCACCCUCACCAACUCCGUCAUCCGACGGAUGCGCUUCGUCCAAAGCCAGAUGUGGACAAUGGCCAUUACGUACUCCCAGCAUGUUGAGCUGGAUGACAUUUAUGUCAACAGUACUUCGACAAGCCAGUGGAGCACGCUGAACACGGACGGUUGCGACACUAUCUUUUCAGAUAGCAUCACUUUCAGAAGAUGGACCGUCUCCAACGGCGACGAUGCCAUCGCCCUCAAGAUGAACUCGAGUAACAUUGCUGUGUAUGACAGCUAUUUCGAGAAUGGACAGGGCAUAGCCAUCGGGUCCAUGGGACAAUACAACGGCCGAUACGAGUAUCUGGAAAACUUUUAUGCGAAAAACAUUACUCUCAAGAAUACUGCUCAUGUCUCCUACCUCAAGACAUGGGCUGGCAUCUCAAGAGGGUACCCCCCCAACGGUGGAGGUGGCGGUUACGGGGUCGCCCGAAACAUUACCAUCGAGGACGUCAAACUCAUUGGCGGACGACAGCAACCCUUCUUCGCCUGGCAGUGCGAAAACUACUCCGGAUACGCCGGCCAAGACUGCGACUCUUCCCUGUUCAAGAUGGAAGAUGUUGCGUGGAGGCGGGUCAGCGGAACAGUGCAAUCUGGAGUGACGGAGGCGGCCUAUUUCCAAUGCAGCGCCGCGGCUGGAGGAUGCGAUGACUUUGAGGUGACGGGCUUUGAUGUUACCAAGGAGGGCACUGACGAACUUCUGGCUAUAUGGGACUGCUUCAACGUAAACAAUCCCGUAGGCUUUACCUGUACCGAGUCACAAGCCCAGAAAAUGAGCUCAGACGUGACCGGCGGCCAUGGCUCCAACAACAAGUAG